AAGGCGCCUCUUGAAUAGCGAUCGCUUCGAAAUUUGGGAAUAAAAAUCUUGUCAGAACUGGCAAAUCUGUUCGGUCUGGUGGCUGUCGGGGAGGGACGUGAGUCUCCCCCGACUGCGGCUGACAGACGUGUCGGGAGGUCGCAGGCCACAUCCCCGGGGGACGCCCUGGUGGAAUCUGGAGAGGACCGGGGACGCCUGGAUCCCUCUCAUCUGCUUAAUAUUGAUUCUGAAACUCUGUUGCCAGUCAGGUCAAUUGGUUUUGAAAAACCUUCUUUUUGGAUCCUUAAAUUCUUGUCUCAACGUGUUGUGUCUGUCCUUGUCCUUUGUUCUUUGUUUCUUGUCGUGUGUGUGUGUGUGUUCGCGGUCAUGGGCCAGAGUACUUCUACUCCUUUGUCCCUGACCCUAGGCCGCUGGUCAGAGGUCAAGGGACGAGCUCAAAAUCUUUCCCUUGUCAUCAAAAAGAGCAAAUGGCAGACUUUCUGCUCGUCCGAGUGGCCUAACUUUAAGGUCGGAUGGCCCCCGGAGGGGUCUUUCCAUUUGCCUCUCAUAAGGGAAGUGAGGAAUCUUGUUUUUCAGCCUGGCCGACAUGGACACCCGGACCAGGAGCCUUACAUUUUGGUGUGGCAAGACUUAUGUGAAAAUCCCCCGGUGUGGGUUAAGCCCUUUUUACCCCCUGAUUCCCUCUCUAGGUCGUCGGUCUCCGCUUCCGAACCUGCUAUUCUUCCUGUAAAGCCAGCUCUGCCUUCUCCUCCACCCUCUGUUCCCCCGGUUCUUCCGGACUCACAAUCUGAUCUUUUCCUUCUUGAUCCCCCGCCACCUCCUUAUGCCUCGGCCAGAGCUCCGCGGCGCGACCAAGGACCUCCUCCGGCACCUGGCCCAGUUCCUCCACCCAUGUCCCCGAUGGCGGCCUCCCCAGAUUCUACUCUUGAGGGCCCCCCCCCGCCGCCAGGCAGCGGACCUGCACUGCGGACUCGGAGCCGAUUCCAGCCAGACGAAGGGCCUGUAGCCACUACUCUGCCGUUGCGCCCAUAUGGGCCAAUGGUAGACAAUGGGGAAAGGGGGGAAAUGCCGGCCCUCCAAUAUUGGCCCUUUUCCUCCUCAGACCUGUAUAAUUGGAAAAAUAAUAAUCCUCCUUUCUCUGAGGACCCCACCCGACUAACAGGUCUCGUGGAGUCUCUCAUGUUCUCUCAUCAGCCCACCUGGGAAGACUGCCAACAGCUACUCGGGACUCUCUUCACUACUGAAGAGAGAGACCGCAUACUUCUAGAAGCACGAAAGAACGUCCGGGGACUAGACGGGCGUCCGACGCAGUUGCCGAACAUCAUUGAUGACAUCUUCCCGCUAACGCGCCCUAAUUGGGAUCCAAAUUCUUCAGAAGGUAGGGAGCAUCUGUCCUCCUAUCGCCAGGCUCUUGUGGCGGGUCUCCGGGCAGCUUCCAGGCGGCCCACCAAUUUGGCUAAGGUAAGAGAGGUCGUUCAGGGCCCCACUGAGUCCCCCGCGGUCUUUUUAGAAAGGCUAAUGGAAGCCUAUCGGAGGUUCACACCCUUUGACCCGCAAUCGGAGGACCAAAGGGCUUCAGUGGCCAUGGCCUUCAUUGGCCAGUCCGCUACCGAUAUACGGCGUAAGUUACAACGCCUAGAAGGAUUACAAGACCUCACCCUUAGAGAUUUAGUCAAAGAAGCAGAUAAAGUUUUUCACAAAAGGGAAACAGAGGAAGAAAAGGAAGAGCGGAAGGAAAAAGAGAGAGAGGAGAGAGAAGAUGCUAGAGACAAAAAAAGAAAUAAGGAAUUAACUAAAAUCCUGGCCACAGUGGUAGAUAGUGGAAAGAAACAGAAAGAAAAGGGAGGCAGUACCGGGCCACGGCCAAGCUUAGACCCGAACCAGUGUGCCUACUGCAAGGAACAUGGGCACUGGAAGAAAGACUGUCCUAAGAGACCCAAGAAGGGCCUGCAGGCUAAGCAGCCUGCCCUGUUAGCCCUGGAUGAAGAUUAGGGGCGACGGGGCUCGGACCCCCUCCCCGAGCUCAGGGUAAAGUUUAACGUGGAGGGGACUCCCAUUGACUUUGAAGUAGACACUGGAGCCGUUUACUCGGUUUUGCAAGCGCCCUUGGGACCACUGUCAACCAAGCGGUCUUUAGUAAGAGGUGCCAAUGGGAGCCGAUACCGGGCUUGGACUAC